AUGCCCGAUCCGUUCGAGCGCUGCGCGCCGUUCCAACCCUCCUCGUGCCUGUGCAGUGAGUUGCGGCUCAAUACAUCGUCCAAGGUCCCGCUUCCCGCCUGCCGCCCAACCGUAGCCUGCGGCCGAGCAGCAAGCAAGAGGUCCGUCUUUGGUGCCGCCGGCGCCGCUGGCAAUGCAACGAUUGCGAUCCUGUACGGCUUCCAGCGGGAGAGGACGCGCAACAGCUUCACGCGCGCGCCACUCGCAUCCUACCUCAAAGACAUGACUCUGAUCAUGCGCCUCGUCCUCAGCCUGCGAGCUGUGGACACGGCACUGCCGAUCCAACUGCUGGUCUCGGGAGAGCGGCACCGUCGCUUCGAGGCGAGGCUCGCGGCGCGCGGAGUGAAAAUUCGCGGCGUGAGCUCGCCCGCGCUACCCCGCUGGGCAAACGCCUGGCACUCUGGUAGCUUCAGCAAGCUUGCGGCGCUGGGCCUGUUGGGCUAUGACCGUGUCAUUGUCCUCGACGUGGACUGUGUCGUGCUGCGGAACAUCGACCACUUGGCCUUCGCGCCCGCACCUGGCUUUGUGUAUCGUCGCAAGCUCCGCGAGAAGUGCACAUCGCGCGCCGGGCUCAAGUGGGAGCUCAGCUCUGGUGUGAUGGUGCUGCAGCCGGGCGCCACCGAGAGCAACCGUAUGCUGCGGCUGAUGCGCCAAAGGGCGGAGCAGAGGCACAUUGUCGGCGACGGGGGUGACCAGUCCAUCUGGCGCAUCUUUUGGAGCCGCGUGUUCGAGCUGCCCGCGGCGUACAACGCGUACAAGACGGACGCGGUGCCCUCUUGGAGGCGCGUGAAGGGAGCAGAAUCGCACGACAUCUUUGUGCUGCACGACAUCUGGCCCGUCCGCUGGUGGGCCGGCUGGAGGGCAAAGGCUGGCGCAGAGCUCUUCGACCAGCUGCGGUCGCUCUCUCGGCAGGCGGCGGGCGAGUGGAAUAUGAUGGAGCCUCGGCGGGUGUGCUACCGCAAGGACGUGAUCAACGUGUGCGAGUUUGAGGACCAGUGGCAGGGCGAGGGCAUGGCCAUGGGCGAGGGAUAG